CAAGUGGAGCACCCCAUUACUCUUUUCAAAUAUGCUUCCAUUAAAAUAAUAAAAAUAAAUAAUUCUGUCAUCUAUUUGCUCCUCUAAAUUGCUACAUGGUGAUCAAGCACCGUUGGAAUCCCAAAAUACCCCCUGCAUAUAUAUACACACUUCAAUGUUGUUCUACACUUUAAUUUUCUUCUCUUCAUCUUCUCUCUAUUUUCUUGAGUACUCUCAAAACCUAAUAACAUAACAAAUAUAUAUCAUAAAUAUGAAGAGGAUAAUUUGCAAUUCAUUGCAAGGACUAAAACCAGUGGUGUUAAUGGUGGUUUGCCAGAUUGCAUUUGCUGCUGUGAAUAUCAUGUACAAGCUCGUCAUAAACGAUGGAAUGAGCAUGAGGGUGGCCACCGCUUACCGCCUCAGUUUUGCAGCGGCUUUCACUGUUCCCCUUGCUGUUUACUUUGAUAGGAAGAAGAAACCAAAGAUUACUUGGAAGGUUCUUUAUAUGACAUUUCUUUGUGGAUUGUUUGGGGGAAGUUUACUUCUAAACCUUUAUGGCAUGGGACUGACUUUUAUUUCAGCAACGUUUAUGAUGUCAUUGUACAACCUUAUUCCAGGAGUUACCUUCAUCAUGGCCAUAUCCUUCGGAUUGGAAAAGCUAAAUUGGGGAUUAGCAGAAGGAAAAGCCAAGGUAAUAGGAACAAUAAUUAGCAUCAGUGGGGCAAUGGUGAUGAUAUUUUACAGAGGAGUAGAAAUUGAUAUUUGGACUUCCAAUAUAAACCUUAUGCAUCCACAUCAUAACCAAAAUGGACUUAUGGAACCACUACAUGCCGACAAUAAACUCUUGGGUAUUCCAUGUGCCAUAGGAAGUUGUUGCUCUUUUUCUUUGUGGUUAAUUAUCCAGGCUAAGUUGAAUGAAGAAUUUCCAGAACACAAUUCAUGCUCAGCAUUGGUGUGCACAAUGGCAGCGAUUCAAGCCAUUGUUUUUGCUCUUUGUAUCGAUAGAGAUUGGAAUCAAUGGAAGCUCGGUUACGAUAUCAGACUUCUUACUAUUGCUUAUUCGGGAAUUGUAGCCUCUGGAUUAGUGAUUGUUGUUAUUUCUUGGUGCAUAAAGAUGAGAGGUCCUAUAUUUACAUCUGCUUUCAAUCCUCUUCAGCUCUUACUUGUUGCUAUCUCUGCCUAUAUAUUGUUGGAUGAGAAAUUAUAUUUAGGAAGUGUCUUUGGAGCAGUGUUGAUUGUAUGUGGCAUAUAUGCAGUACUUUGGAGUAAGAACAAAGAAAUGAAAAAGAAGAAUAAAUCAUCAUCUUUAGAAAUCAACAUGGAGAAUAAACCUGAGUUCGUUAUACCCAGUCCUAACAUUGCAGGUGCAGCUGUGAAUAUCAUAUGCAAGCUUGCCAUAAAUGAUGGGAUGAGCAUGAGGGUGGCCACUGCUUACCGUCUCACUUUUGCAUCAGCUUUCACCAUUCCUCUUGCUCUUAUCUUUGAUAGGAAGGAAAGACCAAAGAUUACUCGGAAUGUGCUUUCUCUGGCAUUUCUAUGCGGAUUGUUUGGUGUCAUGUAUUAUUCCAGGGGAAGUUUAUUUAUGAAUAUGUUUGCCGAAGGCAUGACUUUAACCUCAUCAACAUUUAUGUUCGCUAUGUUCAACCUUACUCCAGGCAUUACCUUCAUCAUGGCAAUAUUCUUCGGAUUGGAAAAACUAAAUUGGAGUGUAGUAGAAGGAAAGGCUAAAGUGAUAGGAACAUUAAUGGGGAUUAGUGGGGCGAUGGUGUUGACAUUCUACAAAGGAGCAGAAAUUAAUAUUUGGUCAUCAAAUAUCAACCUUUUACAUAAUACACAUCAUCAGAACCAAAAUGGGCAUAUGGAACUACAACAUGCAGACUUCAGUAAUAAACUAUUGGGAUUUCUAUAUGCCAUAGGAAGCAGCUGCUCUUUUUCUCUUUGGUUUAUCAUUCAGGCAAAAAUGAAUAAAGAAUAUCCAAGCCAUCACUCAAGCACGGCUUUGAUGUCGACAAUGGGAGCAAUUCAAGCCAUCGUUUUUGCUAUUUGUGUGGACAGAGAUUUGACCCAAUGGAAGCUUGGUUACAAUAUCAGACUUCUCAUGGUAGCUUAUUCGGGAAUUGUAGCCUCUGGAAUAACUACUAUUGUUAUUGCCUGGUGCAUAAAGAUGAGAGGCCCUCUUUUUGCCUCUGUUUUCUAUCCUCUUCAACUCCUACUUGUGUUUGUCGCUGCUAAUCUAUUGAUAGAUGAGAAAUUAUAUUUAGGAAGUAUUCUUGGAGCAGUGCUGAUUGUGUGCGGCCUAUAUGUGGUGCUUUGGAGUAAGAGCAAAGAAAUGAAAGAAAAAGUUCAGUUGACUAGCAUGGCGGAUCCAACCCAUUUCGAUACCUAAAAAGAAUUUAGAAAGAGACCUUCUGUAUUAAAAAAAAAUGUACUAUA